AUGAAGAAGCUAGGUCGGAAAGGAACCGUUCAUCCUUCGCCGGAGAUAAAAUCCGACGACCACUUUCUCUCUCUCCUCCCCGUCGCUAUCCUCUCUCUAGUGGCGGCUCUUUCGCCGGAAGAUCGUGAAGUUCUUGCUUACCUCAUCUCAAACUGCUCUUUCUCCGAAGAUCCAAAUCGUAUCUCACGUCUCAAGAAAAAGAAAGCUUUAGAUCAUCACUCCCCUCUUUUUCUCUGUGAUUGCUUUAGCUGUUACACGAGUUACUGGGUCAGGUGGGACUCGUCACCGAGUCGGCAAGUCAUUCAUGAGAUCAUCGAAGCUUUCGAAGAUAGCUUGGAGAUGAAGAAGAAAAACAAUAACAGUGAACAAAAGAGCAACACCGGAAAAAAAGAUCGGAGAAAGCGGUCCGGGAAAGCAAACGCCGGUGUAACGAGUCGACUCAGUGAGUUGGGUUCGAGUUCGACCGAGUUAGUUAGUGGUGACUCGGUGGAGAACGGUAGUUGUGGUGGUGAAGAGACGGAGAAAGGAUCCGUUGAAAAGAUUAUGAGUUUUAUUGGUCAGAGGUUUUUCGGGGUUUGGGGAUAG